AUGACGGCCGCACCCCGCCUACGCUCCAUCUACCGCUCCCUCCUGCGCGAGCUUCCUCCCCGUCCCGUCCUCGCCCGCGAGCGCUCCUCCAUCCACAACCGCCUGCGCGCCAGCUUCGCCCAGACCAGCGCCAACGCCAACACCGAAGCUGUCACUGCGGAGGCCGAGCAACUCGCCGCCUAUCUCCGCGCCCAGCGCACCUAUGUUACCCUUCUCGAGCGCUACAACCCGGGCAUGGACAUGGACGAGGAGGAACGCGUGCGCCUUACGGCCCGGAGGGUCGGCAUGGACUUGCCCAAGGAAUUCAAAGAUCGGUUGAAUUAA